CUUGCCCAUCCCUAAUAGAACAGUGCCUAAACCCUAAGAGCAGCCAGCAGAUCACUUCGAUCUCAUUUGCCUUCCAUGGAUUUCCGUACUCUCAACCGGAGACAGCUACAAGCUCUGUGCAAGAAGAACAAGAUUCCGGCUAACCUCUCCAAUGUUGCUAUGGCGGACGCUCUCACAGCUCUUGAGUUUGUCGAAGGUAUUGAAGAGGUCAUGAGGCCAAUGGAAUCAGAGACUGCAAGUUCUGCAGUUGAAUUGCCUGAGGAACCAGAUGUAAUGUCAAGUGCCCCUCGCACUGGUAGAAGAACUGCUAUUAGGAAUACUGCUAAGAAGGAAUCUGAAGUUUCCCAGACCAUGACUAGGACCAGCCGAUCAACAAGAAGAAUGCCGCCUGAUGGUUCAGAUGAAGCAAAGAAUGAGGUGUGUGAGACUCCAUCAGCACCAGCUAGCAGAAGAAGGGCAGCGGCAACUUCAGUUCGUCCAAAGAUGGAAAACUUGCUGAAGGAAUGUCUAGAGGGUGUGGAAGAUGGGAGGAAGACUUUGAAUGAGAAGAAUGAUGUUCCAAAGACCCCAGGAACUUUGCUGAGAGGCCAAAGGAGAGAGGUAGUGAAGGAGAAGAGUUCAGUCCGCCUCCCAGUAUACAGCACUCGCAGGUCAGCGAGGUUAGCUGCUAAACAAGAUGGUUCGAGCACACAGGAAGCAUCAGAGAAUGUUUCAUACUGUGGUUCCUUUACCGUUGAAAAUGAUGAGGUUAUAGAUAUCAACUCCAAACUCCGCGCACUUCAAUUGGAUGAAGAGCUAGAACAAGCUGAUUCAACAAGUGGCUCCUCGAGUGGAAUUGAGAGCCAGUGUUUGGCUAACAAGGAAUUGAAUAUUGUUGACAUGCACCAAAGCUCAGAAGAGUUUGCCACCGAGAAGACUGCUAAUGGGCUGGGCGAAUGUAUUGAUGCAACUGAAGAUUUAUCUUCUGACAUUAAGGAAUCAAAUGAUGUUAGAAUGGACUUGCAAGAAGGUAUUGAUGCUGAUCUUCAGCUUAGAUGCCAGGAGGUUGUUGGUGAUGGCACCAAGGCUGUACCUGAAAAGUUGGACGAUGACAAGUCUGAAGUGCCAAAUAAUGGAGAAGUAUUUGAAUAUGUGGCAGAAAAUGCUGAUGCUCUAUAUGACUCAACAAGUGUCAUGACUGAAAAUGAGAAUCAAGGAUUGGUCAUCAAGGAAUUGAGUGUUGAUAUGCACCAGACUUCUGAAGAAAUUGCUAACAAGAUUAUUACUAAUGUGCUGGGUGAAAUAAACGAAAGAAUUGAUUUUUCUGCUGAAAAGGAAACGAACAAGGAUGAAAUGGAAGGUGCUGGUUUUCAGGAGGUUGUUGGUGAUUAUUUGACUACAUCCAAAAAGUUGGACGAUGAAGAUGAUAAGCAUGAAGUACCAAAUAUUGUUGAAGUGCCUGAAUGCAUUGUAAAAACUGUUGAUGAACUCCGCAGCUCUGAAGUUCAUGACCUCUUAAAUGUUGUUGAUACGCACCAAGGCUCGCAAGUCUCUGAAGAAUUAGGUAUCACCAAUGGGCUUAGUGAAAAUGAAUAUGACGAAUCUGCUGCUGGGAAGGAAUCAUCAAAACACAUUGAUGAAAUGGAAUUGCAAGAAAGUGCUGAUGAUGAGCAGCAGCCUAACAAUAAUGAAAUCUACUGCGGUGAUGAAAUGUUGGAGCAAUUUGAUGGUGGUAACAAUGAGACUGAGGAGGAGAUGCAGGUAAGUGAAACUGUGUGGUAUACCACAUGUGGUGGCCUCCAUCAGGAAGAGGAGGGAAAGGAGGAGGGCUGUGGUGAUGAAAUGGUGGAGCAAUUUGAUGGUGGUAACAAUGAGACUGAGGAGGAGAUGCCGGUAAGUGAAACUGUGUGGUAUACCACAUGUGGUGGCCUCCAUCAGGAAGAGGAGGGAAAGGAGGAGGGCUGUGGUGAUGAAAUGGUGGAGCAAUUUGAUGGUGGUAAGAAUGAGACUGUGGAGGAUAAUACCAGCAGCAAUGAUGAAACCUCAGGUGGAGAUGAUGAAGAAAUGGUUAAGCUUUCUUCCAACAAACAGCAGUUAGCGACAAGUAAUAUGUGGUGGUAUUCUACAUCUGGUGGGCUCCAUCAGGAGGAGGGAAAGGGGGAGAGCAUCAUAGAUGGCGGGGCGAAGUUUGAUCCACAAGAAGCAGAAUAUGAUGAGAAUGCCGAAAACAUUCUGCCUCCAGUCUCGGACGAUAAAGAGAACAAGAUUGAUACAACUAGUGGGGAGGACAUGAAGAUAUUUGCAGAAGCUCUUACUACCAAUAUUACUACUGGAGAGAAGGAGAAGCCCACAAAGAAUGAGCAACCCAUUGAAGAUUUAAGCAUGAGAAAGCUGCGUAAGAUGUUGAAACAGUUGCAUCCUUUUCAUGAUAACGCCCAGGCAGAGGAAGUGAAAGAUGAAGAAGCUGCCAUUACUGCCUCCCAUGCCAGAAACGGUAAACAUAAGAAAUGGCGGAAAGGCGGGAAAAACACUUUCGUGGUCAGACCCGCCCUACAGCAGGUGUCUGAGAACAGCUUGGUUGUUGGUAAUAGUUUCAAAAGCACAUCUCAAAGUUAAAGAAGCUGAAGCAGAAGAUGUGAAACAGACAACACUUUCCUUAUCAUAACUCUAAUAUUUGCAAUGUUUUUUUAUAUUCACUACCGGGAGGCAUUUCAAAAUGUUUUGAAGUGUGGUAAUCCCUAGUUUUUGCUAUUCAUAGGGCUGCUCGCCUAUCAAUGAAGAAUUGAAGAGUUUUGCAAUAUGAAAUGCCUGUUUCUUACACAAUUUCUGUGCCUGGAGAAUUUGAAGAGUUUUGCAAUAUGAAAUGCCUGUUUCCUCUACACAUUAUUUGCAUUA